AUGGCCAUUCGUUCCAUGAAGUUCACUCCAGAGGUCCUGCUCGGGGCACCCCGACGGUCCUCAGCCGUCCCCAACGCAGCUGGUACUCUCGCAAUCUACACCCAGACAUCCUACUCCUUCGAGUCCCAUUCCAAGACAAAUGAGAUCCGUGUCAUUGAGAUCGACUCUGGCCGAUCCGCCCUCAUCACCAAUGACCCCGGCGCAAGCAACCCGCAAUGGUUAGACACUACCGACCAACUAGUCUGGCUUAAGACCAAAGCGAACGGAAACACAAGUUUUAUCAUUGGCGAUGCCCGUCAGGCGGACAACACUUAUACCGCAGGUACAGUGCCAGGUCCAGUUUCGGAUUUGAAAGUGACCCUCAUUGAGCCCGGCAAGGUCGGCUUCGCCGUGACAGGCAAGGCCAAUCCCGAUGGAUCGCUUUAUAACCCUCACGAUGCGAAGAAGCCACACACAACUGGAAAACUAUACACAUCUCUCUUUGUUCGACACUGGGAUUCGUAUGUUGAGCCCCAGAAGAACUCCAUAUGGUAUGGUAUUCUGGAGCAAGUACCUCUGUCGCCAGCCCGCAGACAAGCUGGCAAGUACUCUGUCUCGGGCCUGACGAACUUGAUUCAGGUGUCCGGAUUGGCUGGCGUCGAGUCGCCUAUUCCACCUUUUGGUGGUUCUGGUGAUUUUGAUAUCAGCCCGUCUGCAAUUGUGUUUAUCGCCAAAGACCCUGGUCUCAACCCAGCUACCCAUACCUCUUGCUCGUGCUAUUAUGCUCCCAUGUUCUCAUGGACUAGCAUGAGUGCGCCCGAUGCGAAGAUCUGCAAGGUCACUGGUCUCCAGGGUGCGAUGUCCUCUCCCGUUCUUAACUCCGAUGGUAGCUCCAUUGCGCUUCUGGCUAUGCGCGAGGAUGGCUACGAGUCUGAUAAGAACCGGAUUCUGUAUGUUCCCAACCCGUGGGAUGGAAACAUGAUUGAGAUCUUCGAGUCGGCCGACGGUGAAGGUCUUUGGAAUCUGAGCCCUUCAGCCUUGUCGUUCUCAAAUGAUGACAAGUCGUUGAUCAUUGUCGCCGAAGAGAUCGGCCGUGGUGUCCUCUACCAGCUUCCUCUGGACAAUGCGCAAACGGUCAAGCCAGAUUCAUUGAAGCGGUUGACCCGCUCUGGAUUCGUCAAUGACGCAGUUCCCGCAGCUGCCGACUCUUCCAAGCUGUUUUUGUCUAGCAGCAGUUUGGUUGAUAACAGCCUGUGGACAAUCGUUGAUCCAGCCUGUCCGGACGAUAUUCAAGUGGUCUCAUCAAACGGCCGAGGUGGUGCUGCAUUUGGUCUGACUCCAGCCCAGGUCGACGAGAUCUGGUUCAGAGGCGCCGAAGACCACCCUAUUCACGCAUUUGUCGUGAAACCCUCCAACUUUAAGCCCGGGGAGAGGUACCCGCUCGCUUAUCUGAUUCACGGUGGGCCCCAGGGCGCUUGGAACGAUCAGUGGAGCACCCGCUGGAACCCUGCCGUUUUCGCGGAACAAGGAUAUGUUGUGAUCACACCCAACCCGACUGGUAGCACAGGCUACGGCCAGCCUUUCACUGAUGGCAUCAAAGGCCAAUGGGGUGGUCGGCCCUACGAGGAUUUAGUAAGGGGCUUCGAGCACAUUGAGCAGAAUCUUGAUUAUGUCGACACCUCUCGUGCAGUCGCUCUGGGUGCGUCUUAUGGUGGCUACAUGAUGAACUGGAUCCAGGGCCACCCACUUGGCCGCAAAUUCAAGGCGCUCGUUACUCACGAUGGUGUGUUUAGCAUGACGUCUCAACUUGCCAGCGAGGAGCAAUACUUCCCUUUGCACGAUUUGAAGGGACCCAUUUGGAAGGUCCCCGAGAACUGGGCGAAGUGGGAUCCGUCGCGCUUUACUGAGAACUGGCAGACGCCUCAUCUGGUCAUCCACAACGAGCUGGACUACCGUUUGACUAUUGCCGAGGGUCUGGCUGCGUUUAACGUCCUCCAAAUGCGGGGUGUUGAUAGCGCAUUCCUGACAUUCCCCGAUGAGAACCAUUGGGUUCUGAACCCCGAGAACUCUCUUCUUUGGCACCGGACUGUGUUGAACUGGAUCAACAAGUACGUUGGUCUUCCUGCCGUGUCAGAGGAGCCGGAUCUCUCCCUCCGGACAGGCAAUAUGUCUAUCUGA